AUGGAGGAAGAAGAGUUUACAAAAUUAGUCCAUCGAACGCUGGAUCAAUGGCAUGUACCUGGCAUGGCUAUUGCCGUGGUAGACGGCGACCACACCUGGGCAGAAGGGUUUGGAUUCGCGGAGUUGCCUUCCACGCCAGUCACCCCGUCGACUCUUUUCUACGCAGGCAGUACAACCAAAGCCUUCACUGCGGCUAUGCUCGCCAAAAUGACUGAAGACCCAACGACAAAGGUCCGGUGGGAUACCCCGAUUAGUAAAUUGAUCCCCGGAGACUUUGACCUCGAAGAGAUCACCGUUGAAGACGCGCUAUCCCACCGAACAGGGAUCCCAGCCCAUGACCAUGCAAGCGCUCGUACCAAUGUCGAAGAAAACGUCCGUCGGCUCGUGCAUCUUCCAGCCACCGCGAAGCUCCGCACCCGCUACCAGUACAACAACCUCAUGUAUGUCGCAGCGUCGCAUAUCAUAGAAACCAAGACUAAGCGGUGGCUGGGCGACUUAUUGGCCCAAUCCUUCUGGAAGCCACUCGGAAUGACCGGCACUUAUUUCUCCUUAGACGAUGCAUUAUCUGCUCCCAAUGGUCUAGCUCACGGGUACUAUUAUUCAGGCUACAAAGACUCGGUCGGCCAUGGGAAGUAUCAGGAAGACGCUUGGAUGUCGCUGGACGAGGUCUCGGGCGCCGGAUCCGUCAUCACCAAUGUCCUCGACUACGCGAAAUGGGUACAUGCAUGGCUGUACCCGCAGACAUUCGUCGAAAAACAGAUCUUUCAAGACAUCAACACCGUGCACCAGUUGUGGCAGCCAAGAACCCUCAUUCCUACCGAGGAGCCCUUUACCGGCCCACGUGCGUACGCUCUGGGCUGGAGAACUGGGGUAUACCGUGGAGUGCAGAUCUACGAGCAUAGCGGCAGGUAUGAAUGCCUUCGGCGCACAGCUCCUUUGGUCCCCGAAUUGAAGUACGGCGUGGUCAUUCUAGCCAAUACAGCGCAAACCUCCAAUUUUGCGGCCCAGUUCCUCGCGUUCCAUCUUCUCGAUGAGAAGCUGGGGGUUGCACAGAGGUUUGACUGGGACCAACGAAACUGGUUGCUGGUUGAGGCCGAGAAGAAGCGCGUGGAGGACAAGAGGGCCUAUCGGCCUCCAGUUGUCCUCCCUCCUGCGUUACCACUGGCAGCGUAUGCUGGCACGUAUUAUCAUCCCGGCUACAGAUGUGUCACUGUUUACCUGAGCAGCGAGGGCGUUUUACGAGCCGGUCGGAGAGACAUGACUUGGCCUGAGCAGAUCACGUUGCAGCAUGUGACGGGAGAGCACUUCUUGAUGCUUUCGAAUCAUAAUGAGGAUUUUGGGGCCUUCUGCCCGGAGGUGUACGAUGCGGAGUUUCGGGUGAGCGUCGAAGGGCGUCCCUGGGCUUUGGGGAUUUCCUGGGAGAGAGCAAUGGGGGGUGAAAAGAUCUGGUUCGAGAGAACAUAG